UCUAAUUAUAAAUUAUAAAACGGAUUGGAUUUAAACAAACUUUGCAGCUAUGCUUUGCUUCCCCUCGUAGGAUUUACCGAGGAAUGUUCUUGCCCCUAUAUAUAUAUUCAUCAGCAACCAAAGCAUUUGAUCAUGCAAAUCAUAAUCUAAAGACCCAAUACAAUUUUCGAUAUGUGGCUGAUGGAUACGUGCAACGCAAGCUCCCCAUGGACAGAGCAAGAAAUAGAGAAAUCUGAGAAGAUACCAAUGGAGAAAACAGUGUUUGUCUCCUCAAUAGCUCCUCUGCAUGACUUCAAACUGCCCGGUCCGGGGUGGAACACUCGAAAAGUCCUGGAAACUAGGCCUGACGUCAAGAAGGUUCAGGUUUCCAGGCCCUGCCUCAGGGUGAAACAGAGCACAAGGCAGACGAUGAAUAAGGGAUGUCAAGUGAGGAGAAGGGAGGGCUUGUUCUCGAUGUCGUUGAGUAAAGAAGAAAUUGUUGAGGAUUUUGUUCGUGUCACGGGCAGGGUUCCUCAGGGGAAGAAGAAAGUGAAGAAGACGUUUACAGAUGCCAAGGAAAAGCAGAAAUACCUUGAUUAUCUGCAGUACAAGAACUUAAUCCUGGAAAUUGGUUGUCAGAGAUUUAUCAUGUCUGAGGAUUUUCAAACUGCGGAUGAACAAUGGAGGAAUUGAAUUUGCGAGAUUGGUAGAUGUCGAUUUAUAUUUGAACAUAUAGGUUCUGUUGAUCUUGUAAGAAAAACAAAUGAUUAGGCAACAAUUAUGUAAAUCAUGAUUUCAACUAUGAACACUGUUUGAAAUAUAUGAUAAUAUGUCUUAUGUUCUUGUGAGAAACUUACAGAGUUAUGUUACAUCAGUUUGCUGC